AUGGUAGAUGCAAUUCAGGUAAUGGCAGCGACUGUGAACAAUGUUGCGACUAAUAAAGAAGAAAACAAAAUUUCAUCAUCUUUAGAGGCAAGUUUAGUGUCCGCACUCGAGGAUGUACCAAAUUUGGAUGAUGAUACUUUUGUGAAGGCGCUAGAUUUAUUGGAAGAUGAAAAGAAAGCUAAGAUUUUCAUUGCAUUGACUGGGAACAGGAAACGACAGUGGUUGUUAUCGAAGCUCAAUAUUCCCGUACAUAUAAGAUAUCGUAAUAUGGCGAGUUCUGACGAUGAAGAAGAUUUGGUAGUAGUUGUAACAGCAGCCACAACAACACUAAUUGCUUUGCUGCACUGCAUUGCAAUAGCUGCCAUUCCUAUUCCUACUGUUGCAGGGAAAAUUGUACAAUGUAAAUUUUAUCUCGCUGAUGCAGGAUUCGCCAAUAUGCCGCAGUUUAUUACUCCAUAUCGUGGUGUCCGUUAUCACUUGAAGGAAUUUGGUGGAAAUCGUCCAAAAUAUGCAAAGGAAUUAUUCAAUCUCCGACAUGCAUCGUUACAGAAUGCAAUUGAACGUGCUAUCGGUAUACUUAAAAGACGCUUCACUAUUUUGCAACUGCAGCCUCAAUAUCCAUUCGAAUCACAAGUGAAAAUUGUACUUGCAUGUUGCAUCCUUCAUAACCACAUCCGCAGAGAGUGCAUUAAUGACUUGAUUUUCGAUGAUGAGAACUUACAAAACCUACUAGAAACCGAUCCAAGAAUGCAACAAGACAGUGAAUGCCCUACACUUGGGAGAAAUAGACAACGAGAAGUAGCUUCAGAACUUCGAACUUCAAUCGCAGAUGCAAUGUGGAAUGAUUAUCAGCGUCGCCGCUGCGGCUAA